CUGCCUAACACUGUUCUCGUUCUGUUUAUUACUGUCCUAGUUCUUUUUAACACUGUCCUAGUCUCGUUUAACACUGUCCUGAGUAUGUUUAAUACUGCUUUGUUUUUGUUAAAUAACGACCUGUUACUCUCUAUAACUGUCCUGGUUCUGUUAACAUUGUCCAACUGCUGUAUAACACAAUCUUGUUUCUGUUUAUUACUUUCCUGGUUCUGUUUAACACUGUCUUGAUUCUCUUUCACUGUGUCUUAGUCUUGUUUUACACUGUUCUGUUUCUGUUUAGCAUCAAUUUGGUACUUUCAAACACCAACGUAAUUCUGUUUAACACUGUAAUGUUUCUGUUUAACUCAGCCCUGGUUCUUAUUAGCACUGUCAUGGUUCAGUUUAACAUUGUCCUGGUGCUGAUUAACAGUUUCUUAGUUCUCUUUUUCUUUGUCCUCUGACUGUUUAUCACUCUCCUGUUUCUGUUUAACGUUCUCCUUUUCCUGUUUAAAACUAUCAUGGUCAUAUUUAUCAUUGUUCUAGUCCUGUUUAAUACUGUCUUUGCUCUGUUUAACACUGUCCUAUUUAUGUUUAACAAUUCCAUGGUUCCUUUAGCGUUAUACUUGUUCUGUUUAAAAUUGUCCUGUAUUUGUUUAACACAGUCCUAGUUCACGUUAACGAUAUCCUGGUUCUGUUAAGCACUGUCCUAGUUAAGUUAGCAAUGGUUUUUUUUUCUAUUUAUUAAUGUCCUCGUUCUGUUUUACACUGUCUUUGUUCUGUUUUUCAUUGUCAUGGUUCUGUAUAACACUCUUCUGGUUCUAAUCAGCACUUUCCUGGUUCUGUUUAGUACUGUCCUUGUUCAGUUUUACAUUGCCCUUGUUCUUUAUAACACUGUACUGGCUCUGUUUUUCACUGUCCUGGUUGUGUUUAACCGUGUGCUGAUUUUGUUA